CUUAUUUUUGUGUGUGGCGCAAUAUCGGUGCAACAGGAAAAAUAUUCCGUAUAUGUUUGCCAAAGAGCCACUUCAAUCAAUCGGUGUUUAACAAUCGCAAAUCAUUACAAAACCAGAGUUUAUAAACGCAACGGGGUACAAAGAUGAAUACCGAAGCUGAUCUCUUUUAUCGUCGGCUCCCUAAAGUGGAACUUCAUGCGCAUCUUAAUGGCUCUGUGAGUUUUGAAACUAUGGAAACGCUCAUAAAGCAAAAGCCUCAUCUGAACAUCAAGCACAACAUGACUGCAAUCCACAGCGGACAGCGCCGCACGCUGGAUGAAUGUUUUCAAGUGUUUAAAGCAAUCCACCAGCUGGUUGAUUCAGAAGAGGAUAUACUAAUGGUUGCCAAAUCAGUCAUUCGAGAGUUUGCAGCUGAUGGAGUAAAAUAUUUGGAAUUACGCAGCACGCCUCGGGAAGUGACUGACACAGGUCUCACUAAGAAAAGAUACAUUGAAACUGUGCUCGAAGCCAUUCGCCAGUGUAAAGAGGAGGAAGUUGACAUUGAUGUCAGGUUCAUUGUGGCUGUGGACCGCAGACAUGGACCUGAGGUUGCCAUGGAGACCGUGAAGCUGGCAGAAGAAUUCCUGCUUUCCAGUGAUGGAGUGGUAGUUGGACUUGACCUCAGCGGAGACCCAACAGUCGGUCAUGGAAAAGAUUUGCUCUGUGCACUUCAAAAAGCCAAAAACUGCGGCCUGAAGCUGGCGCUGCAUCUCUCAGAGAUACCUUCCCAGAAAGAUGAGUCUGAGCUGUUGUUGGAUUUGCCGCCUGAUAGAAUCGGCCACGGAACCUUUCUACAUCCGGAGGUUGGAGGGUCAGAUAGUCUUGUGGAUAAAGUUUGCAAGCAAAACAUUCCCAUCGAGAUGUGUUUGACGUCCAAUGUCAAAGGUAAAACCGUGUCUUCAUACGAUAAGCAUCAUUUCCAGUACUGGUAUAACCGUGGACAUCCGUGUGUUCUCUGUACGGAUGAUAAAGGGGUGUUUUGUUCAGAUCUCUCUCAGGAGUACCAGCUGGCUGCUUCUACUUUUGGGUUGAAUCAGGAGGCUGUGUGGAGACUCUCCCAACAGGCCAUCAAAUGCGCCUUCGCCCCUGAGCCAAUCAAACAGAGGCUUGAGAAGAAGUGGGCGGAGCUCAGGACACAGAUUCUUCAAUGAGGAAGUUCAAUGAAUCCGGCAAAGUUCGCUAACAGCCUCGGUUUUAGAAUUAAAAUGUAUACAGAUCUUAAUAUUUUAAUAUUUAUGCUCAUAUAAAAACUGUUAAAUACACACCUAGUAUUUAAGGGACAUAUCAUGAAAAUCUGACUUUUCCCAUGUUUAAGUGCUAUAAUUGGGUCCCCGGUGCUUUUAUCAACCUAGAAAAUGUGAAAAAGAUCAACCCAGUAACUUAGUUUUGGUAAACCAUUCUCUGCAAGCAUGUGAAAAAAUAGGUCAUUAAAAUUUGGUUAACCAUGUGAUGUCAAAACGGGAUAAUACCACCCCUUAAUCUGCACUAUCAAACCACGGCACUGCCAUUUAGUGCAGAGAUCAGCACAUUUGCAUUUAAAAGAAAGGACACAUCCAAAAAUGGCACAUUUUUGCUCAAACCUACAAAGUGGCAAUUUUAACAUGUUAUAAUAAAUUAUCUAUAUGAUAUUUUGAGAUAAAACUUCAUAUAUGUACUCUGGGGACACCAAAUAUUUAUUUUGCAUCUUAAAAAAAGUCUUGUGAAAUGUCCCGUUUAAUGUAACCUGGUUAAUAUUUAAAAAAAAAAAAUCAAUUUAUUUUAGUGUUUAUGCAUUCAAGUGUUAAACAUAACAUGUUUAAACUGUCAUUGCUCUAGUAUUGUGUGUUGAGACCCCAAAUUGUCUUGCCACCAGAGGGCAGCAGCUCUUUUACUUUCUAAGGUUAAAUUUCUUAAGGUGAAUACAUUUUCAGCAGACAUGACCAGCUGAGUUUAGUUGUCGUAAUUGUGUACUUUUUCUGGACUGGUUCUCAGGUAGGUUCGCUGGAGGCCUCAAUUAAAGUCUAUAGAAAAACUCCAAAGUUUCUUAAAGGCGGGGUGCAUGAUUUUUGAAAAACAGUUUGGGGCCGACUACCAAAACACACUUGUAACCAGUUAUC